AUGCAACCACCAUGUGCUCUUUGCAGCACAUUGUUACCAAUACUGGAGAAAUAUUCUUCAUUGGAAUUAAUUGAAGCAAUUGAUCUUCAAAAGGAUGACAUUUGUACUUUUGUUUCAUUUGUUAGUAAUUGGCCUCAAACACAUAUAUGCGCAUUUUGUGAAAAUCGUGGUCUUAUUGUUAUACGACAAGUAUUUGAAUCAGCUAAAAAUACACGAAUGUUACUAUUAUCAAUUGCACAUGCAUUAUUUGUUAUUUUAACAAAUUUACGUCAUCAUUUAAAUAUAGAUAUUAUAAAAAAUUUUCUAUUACCAAUUCGUUCACAUGCCAUACGUUAUAUGUGUUUAUUAUCUGAUAAUGAAUUACGUUUAUAUUUAUAUUUAACAACAACAUUUCGACAACGUUCAACAUCAUCAACAGGUGUUAUAUCACCAUAUAAUACAAAACAUCAUCAUACAAUACAAUUUCAACGUUAUCAUUUUGAUCAUUUAAUGUUAACAUUAGCAUUAAAAUAUUUAACAUGUUCAACAUUAACAAUACGUUUAACUGGUCUAUCACAUAUAACAAAUCAAAUUCAACAAUGUCUUGAUUAUACACAAUAUCGUCGUCAUCAAUCGAUGGCAGCAGCUAAAUCCGAUGGUGAAGAUGAUACAACACAAAAAUUAACUAAUGAUGCAUCAGCAACAAGUUCAACGAAUGAUAAUGAUGAAUAUUCAUCACAUAAUCAUCAUGAACGUAAAUUAGCUAAUUGGAUUAUUGAGAAUAAAAUUAUUGAUUAUUUAUUUGGACCUAAUCUACAUACAGAAUUACUUAAACAAUGUUUAACUAUAUUAAUUUUUUUAGCAUCAAAUAAUCUUUUAACUGUUAAACAUAUUGAUUUAAUAUGGUCAUGUGUAUCAUUAACACAUUGUAGUCGACAUAUAUUAGAUUUAUUAAUGAAUUUAGGACAAAAAAAUUUAAGUAUACAUCUACUUAGUCAUUUAUUAUAA